AUGACCAGGCAUAGGCCAGUGAAAAGGGAAGAGGAAAAGGAGAGGAAAGAGGAGAAGAAAGGGGGGGAAGAGAAGCUGGAGACUACGAGGCAGAUGCUCCGUAGCCUUUCCAUGGAUGCGCAAGCGGCGGAGCUGAUCCGCCUCCGAGAGGCGGCAGCUGUCGAAAGGAAGCAGCUCCUCUGGAAAGAGGAGAGGAUUUCAAUCCUCGAGGAGGCUAUUGCUGCCAACCUCCGUCGAGAAGGCCCAACAAAUCCCACCGGUGACCCUGCUCCCGCCGCCGCUGCUGCUCAGCCAACUCUUGCCGCGGAGGUGGGGAUGCCUGAGGCUUCAGAUGAAGACUGGGUCUGUGAUAUCCUCGUCGACAUCUCCGCUUUCGGAAAGGAGCUAUCUUUUUUUGCUUUCGUCGCCGGCUUUAAAGAUAAGAUCGAGACUAAACGCGCGACAUCUUCUGCAGCUGCGACAUCACGGCGCUUCGGGCCUCUUCUGGAAGAAACAAACACACGAGAAGAGACAGACGGCGGUCAGGAAGAAACAUCACAUCGAGCGCUCUUCCCAGUGCCUACGCGCUUCAUGAUGGAAGCUCUCCUCGCUCACUCCUUCGACUAUCUCUCCUCCUACGACCAGGGCAAGAUCCGCAAGGGUCUCCGACAGGUCGAGGGGCUUCUGGCACAGAUAUGCCUUUCGAGAUCAAAGCUGACGGCUGCCGAGAAGAGACGGUCCAUGAUACCCCUGGAUUCAACUCCGUCGCCGCCAAAGUCAACAAGCGAGCUGAGUGACGAUCCAGCCUACCGAGAGUUCUACAAGCUUCAAGAUGGCUUUCAAUGGAAUGUUGCUCUGCGCCUAAUAUCAUGCCUCGAACACCUGCUUGGUCGCGGAAGCAAUGGCACAAAUGACCUCCUCAUCGUGUCUGCGCUCGACCUUAUCCAGGGAAUCUUGCUCCUCCACCCACCUUCCCGUGCUCUGUUCGCCCGAGAGAUAUAUAUGAAUAUUUUGCUCGACCUCCUUGAGCCAGCGAACUGUCCUGCCAUCCAGUCUGCCACUCUGCUGACUCUGGUUACGGCCCUGCUCGACACGCCUACCAACACCCGCACAUUCGAGGAGCUUGACGGCCUUCUCACGAUAACAUCCCUAUUCAAGUUGCGAUCCACGUCUCGAGAAGUGAAGUUGAAACUUGUUGAGUUCCUAUACUUCUAUCUCAUGCCUGAAACACCACAACUACCGGUUGUGAAUGCCAGCGCGCCUAACACAGCUGCUGGCCUACAGCGCAGCCCAAGCAAACAUGGCGGCCCGACGUCGCGCAGUGUGGAUGCUCCUGGGCGCAGGCGCUCUGCAGCUAGUGCAGACACAAAAACGACCGAAGAAAAACAGAAUCUUCUUGGCAGGUAUCUGAGUAACGUCGAAGACCUGGUCGAGGACCUCAAGGAGACAGCGCCAUUUGGCAGUGCUGUCUUUUAA